AUGAUUAAAAUAUUAAACUAUAAAUAUUACACCUUUAACUUUAACAAGUAUGUGAAAAUAUGUGUACGUUAUGAUCACGCAAUAAGCAAAGGCGAUGUGAGCUUAAAGAAUUUCGAAGAUAUACCUGGACCCAAAUCUUAUCCUAUUAUUGGAACUUUACAUCAAUAUUUGCCAUUAUUAGGAGACUAUGACGCAGGGGCAUUGGACAAAAAUGCCUUGUAUAAUUAUCGCCGGUAUGGUAAACUCGUGCGAGAAAAUCCAGGAGUGCGUCUGCUUCACGUGUAUGACCCUGUAGAUAUUGAAGCUAUAUUUCGUCACGAUGACCGGUAUCCAAUUAGAAGAAGUCACCUUGCCAUGUUACAUUAUAGAAUGAAUAAACGAAGUGUGUACAAUACAGGAGGGCUUCUUGCUAGUAAUGGAGAAGAAUGGUGGCGACUUCGAAGUACGUUCCAGAAGAAUUUCACUUCUCCUCAGAGUGUAAAGGUACACGUCGAAAGCACCGACGAAAUUGUGAGAAAACUUGUAAUCAGCAUAAAAGAAACUUAUUCUCCCGGUGAAGACUUCUUGAAGUACUUAAACAGAUUGAAUUUGGAGAUAAUCGGAGUGGUAGCUUUCAAAGAAAUCUUUGAUAGUUUUUCAACACAAGAGCUUAAUCCAGAUUCUCGGAGCAGCAAAACAAUAGCAGCAGCAUUUGGUUCAAAUUAUGGUAUCAUGAAAUUAGACAAGGGUUUUAUGUGGAAGUUCAUUACGACGCCUCGAUACAAGAAAUUAGCGGAAUCUCAAGAGUAUUUGGAAAAAGUAUCAAAAGACAUUUUAAUUAAAAGAAUAAACUUCUAUAAAGAGGAGGGCGAAAUUCAAGAUCAUUGUCUAUUGAAAUCGUUUCUUCAAGAGCCAAAUGUGGAUUUGAAGGAUAUAAGAGGAAUGAUGGUAGAUAUCUUGAUGGCUGCCAUUGAUACAACUGCGUAUUCAACAAGCUUCGCGUUAUAUCAUUUGGCGAGAAACAAGAAUUGUCAAGAACGUUUGUUUAAAGAAAUUUUGACGUUGUUACCAAGUAAAGAUUCUAAUAUUACACCAGAAAUUUUGGCAAAAGCAAAUUACACACGAAGUUGCAUCAAAGAAAGUUUAAGAUUGAAUCCCGUCGCUAUUGGAGUUGGCAGAGUGUUACAAAAUGAUAUUAAGCUGAGGGGAUAUCUCAUUCCAAAGGAUACUGUAAUAGUAACUCAAAAUAUGAUAGCUUCACGACUACCUCAGUAUGUAAAGGAUCCAUUAAUGUUCAAACCUGAAAGGUGGCUUAGAAGUUCACCACAAUACGAAAACAUUCAUCCUUUUUUAUCUUUACCUUUCGGAUUUGGUCCACGUUCCUGCAUUGCAAGGAGGCUUGCUGAGCAAAAUAUUUGUAUUACUUUAAUACGGCUUCUUCGGGAGUUUCAAAUCGACUGGAUUGGUGGAGAGUUGGGCAUACAAGCUUAUCUGAUAAAUAAGCCAGAUAAAGCAGUAUCAUUAGCAUUCUCAUCUAGAGAAAAUUUAUAA